AGAAAACACGCUGAACCAACAGACCUUGGGCCAUGCCAUGGAAGCACGGGACGCUGCUCUGGCGGCUGUGCGGGCAGAUGGCUUGGAGCUGCGAAAGGUGGGGGAAUUCCGAGCAGAUAAGGAAGUUGUGUUGGCUGCCGUGCAGCACACUGGCAUGGCGCUGUGCUACGCAUCGCACACGCUGCAGGAUGAUAUUGAGGUGGUCACUGCUGCAGUUCAACAGCAUUGGAUGGCCUUACAGUAUGCCUCAAAUGAACUCAGAGACAACUUGGACAUUGGCCUCAUCGCUGUGAAGUCCAAUGGCUUGGCGCUGGAUCAAGCAGGACCGCUUUGCAAGGACAAUGCUACUCUGGUUACGGAAGCGGUAAGCAACGAUGGCCGUGCUCUGCAGUAUGCAUCAGAGAAUCUAAGACGAGACAAUUUCAUCGUGAUGGAGGCAUUGAAGUCGGAUCCAGAGGCUCUGGAGUUUGCAGAUGAUGAGCUGAAGGACUCCCUGGAGGUCAUCAUGCCAGCACUUCGGCGUGAUGGCGCGACGUUGCGCUUCCUGCCGGAGCACAUGAGAGACAGUUCAGAUGUUGCCCUGGAUGCUGUCCAAACUUGUGGCUUAGCAGUGGCCUUCGCAACGCCAAAGGUGCGUGCAGACCGAGAGGUCAUCAGAGCUGCAGUCAGCAAGGAUGGCCUUGCAUUGGCCUAUGCCACUCAAGAGUUGCAGGGCGACGAAGACAUAGUGGAGGCAGCAGUUGCUGAAAACCCGCUGGCGCUUCAGUAUGCAUCAGACCGAUGGCGGUGCGACAAGGACUUUGUGAAGGGUGUUGUCGCCAACAAUGGCUUGGCAUUGGAGUUUGUCUCUGGAGGCCUAUCCAAUGACAAGGAUGUUUGCAUGGAAGCUGUCAGUGACAGAGGUGAAGCUUUGAUCCAUUGCUCGGCACAGAUGCGUGAUGAUGACGAGAUUGUCCGCACUGCUGUGAGCAAUGAUGGUUUGCAACUCUUGAAUGUGUCACCUCGCUUGCGGCAAGAUCGGAACUUGGUGAUGCUGGCGGUGACUGGUAUGACUCUGACGUUAUUGGAAGGGUCACCAGGGUUGAUUCCAAAAGGGCUUAUGGCGGACGCUGCAGCUUAUGAACGCCUUCUAAGGAAACUGAAUCGGAUUGAGCAGUUGGGCACUCAAGUGUAUAAGGGCCUUGCUGAAUGGCCAGGGAGUCAAGGAGUCAUGUUGGCACCCCAUGUCAUCCCAUGUCCCCAUAACAUCCACAUGCCUCCGCUGUCUGUGAGGUUGGCAGCCCUACCAUGUGUCUCGUUGAGCCGACGACUUCGCCGCUCUCGGCCACUCCGAGCCGUGGUCCCGCGGCUGGAGGAUACCAUGACGGAAAUCUUUGCGUCCUAUGGCGAAUUUGCCACCGGAAUUGCUGGAGGUCGCUGGUCCCUAGAGGAGGAGGAUGACAUCGACGGCUCUGUCACCUACAGCCGUUUUCGCGUUGAUGACAUCCCUGCACGGCAAGGUGGCACCGUGGGGAACACACUGCGGCGCACCUUGCUACGGCAGGACUUUUUCCGGAGCUUUGCUCCAGUGGCCUUUCGCCUGCGGCAUCGCUCCUUUCAGGUGGACAAGGGGAAGGUAUUCGUCUCCCGAGCGAAGCCUGCAUUGCAUGAAUUUGCUUCAGUGCCGGGGGUGCAGGAAUCCAUGAUCGAUGUGGUGCGCUUUGUGCAGCACCUCACAGUGGCACCAGGUGUUGCGCCCGAGCUUCCCUUGGCUGCAGCUGCCUCCAACUCCACACAGCCAGACAGUGCCUCUGCCUUCGACGAAAUUUGGAGAAGAACUUUCAAUGCAUUCUUUUAA